AUGCGUGAAGCAGAGUGGGAUUCGUGGUGCCAACCUCCAUCAAAGAACGAAGAUAAGGGUCGUCGUUACACACGUCAGGGCAUCGAAGUUCAGGUGGACUGGACGGAUACAUUAUGCAAUAUUGUGAUGAUCGUUAAACCGGGCCGGCUACUGACUGGCUCCCUCGGUACGUCAAGCACCAGGACGGCCACUGACGCGAUGGCUCGACUACAUCAGGGAAGCUCUGGACGAGAGAAUGCUGUAGAGAGGAGAUGUUACUAUUGCCCUCCUCAAGGAAGUCGAAGAUCGGCGAGACGGCACGUUACUAGGUGA